AUCUUGUUCCCAGGGGCAGUUGGCGGAAGAGAUCGAGCUCCCUUGCCGCCGGCUCGCCUUCUCUGUGGAGUUCUUGCGGACUGGGUUUCGCUGUCUGCUCUCCGCCCUGGGUCCUUUUGUCGGCGCCCUGGGUGCCCUCUCUUGCUCGGCUGGGGCACAGCAAGGCGGCCCCUUCUCCCGACGACGUUCCAUGGAGUAGGGUCCCAGACCGUUGUCCCGAAGAGCGAGAUCGAGCUUGGCCCCCUCCCCCCCCUCCUUCCUUCCCUCCCUCCUUCCUUCCGCCGCAACAUGGCUAACAACAGCCCCGCGCUGACAGGCAACUCGCAGCCGCAGCACCAGGCGGCCGCUGCUGCGGCUCAGCAACAGCAGCAGUGCGGCGGCGGCGGCGCUACCAAGCCGGCGGUCUCGGGCAAGCAGGGCAAUGUGCUCCCGCUAUGGGGCAACGAGAAGACCAUGAACCUCAACCCCAUGAUCCUGACCAACAUCCUGUCGUCGCCUUACUUCAAAGUACAGCUCUACGAGCUCAAGACCUACCACGAGGUGGUGGACGAGAUCUACUUUAAGGAUUGACUCAGUCUUGCAGCGAGGCUCGGAGCAGCCCAGGGUCGCAGGUAGAGGUCACGCACGUUGAACCAUGGGAGAAAGGAAGCAGGAAAACAGCGGGCCAGACAGGGAUGUGCGGAGGGGUAAGUAGAAGUUCGAGGUGUUGGAACAGGAGGAAUUGUUUCUACGGCGUUUUGCCUGUUAUACAAAUUAUUUACCCUGAAGUUAACUCGAAAGCAAGUGAUGGGUCUUAUAACACACACAGACUCUCCAUAUAUUAGAGCUCUUGGAUUUAUGUAUAUAAGAUAUACACAGCCCCCUACAGAUCUAUGGGACUGGUUUGAAUCCUUCCUUGAUGAUGAAGAGGUUUGGGACUGACAAUAGCUGACUAACAUGUCCUGAGCUGUGAGAGGGCAUAGCAAGAAGGCCUUCAUGCGGACCUAGAUGUGAAGGCUGGUGGAGGCUGUGUAAUGACCAUUGGAGAAAUGCUACGAUCUUUUCUCACAAAACUGGAGUGGUUUUCUACCUUGUUUCCAAGAAUUCCAGUUCCAGUUCAAAAGAAUAUUGAUCAGCAGAUUAAAACCCGACCUAGAAAAAUCAAGAAAGAUGGGAAGGAAGGUGCUGAGGAAAUAGACAGACAUGUUGAACGCAGACGUUCAAGGUCUCCAAGGAGAUCUCUGAGUCCACGGAGGUCCCCAAGAAGAUCAAGAAGUAGAAGUCAUCAUCGGGAGGGCCAUGGGUCUUCUAGUUUUGACAGAGAAUUAGAAAGAGAGAAAGAACGCCAGCGACUAGAGCGUGAAGCCAAAGAAAGGGAGAAAGAACGGCGAAGAUCCCGAAGUAUGGACCGGGGGUUAGAACGCAGACGCAGCAGAAGUAGGGAAAGGCAUAGAAGUCGCAGUCGAAGUCGUGAUAGGAAAGGGGAUAGAAGGGACAGGGAUCGAGAAAGAGAGAAAGAAAAUGAGAGAGGUAGAAGACGAGAUCGUGACUAUGAUAAGGAAAGAGGAAAUGACCGAGAAAAAGAGAGAGAGCGAUCAAGAGAAAGGUCCAAGGAACAGAGAAGUAGGGGAGAGGUAGAAGAAAAGAAACAUAAAGAAGACAAAGAUGAUAGGCGGCACAGAGAUGACAAAAAAGAUUCCAAGAAAGAGAAAAAACACAGUAGAAGCAGAAGCAGAGAGAGGAAACACAGAAGUAGGAGUCGAAGUAGAAAUGCAGGGAAACGAAGUAGAAGUAGAAGCAAAGAGAAAUCAAGUAAGCAUAAAAAUGAAAGUAAAGAAAAAUCAAAUAAACGAAGUCGAAGUGGUAGUCAAGGAAGAACUGACAGUGUUGAAAAAUCAAAAAAACGGGAACAUAGUCCCAGCAAAGAAAAAUCUAGAAAGCGUAGUGGAAGCAAAGAACGUUCCCACAAACGAGAUCACAGUGAUAGUAAGGACCAGUCAGACAAACAUGAUCGUCGAAGGAGCCAAAGUAUAGAACGAGAGAGCCAAGAAAAACAGCAUAAAAACAAAGAUGAGACUGUGUGAAAAUAUUUUGUAAAAGUGGAUCACAUUGAAUCCUAUAAAUGAUUAAAUCUGCUUUUUUUCCCCCAAGUUGAGAUUGUGCAGUAGUUCGCACUCCUCAAGCUCUCCCUGUAGGCUGCAUUUUCAUUUCCUCUUUUGUGUAGGGAAGUGCCUUUGUAAUUCCAUUUAUUGCAUUGGUGUUUUCACCCAAUUGUUAAGUUUGAUACAUGAUGCACAGAUUGUUCUUGCAUUUUUAUUGUUUGUUUUUGAAAUGUACAGUCUGUACAUAUGUCCUGAAAAUGUUUUAAUUCCUUUGGCAUGGUUGCCAUGUUGGUUAAAUUUGUAUAAGGCAAUAAACUGCCACUAAUCUAUUUUUGUUUUGUAGGUGUGGGAUUAUGGUUUGUGUACUGAAGUUAGCAUGGCUGUGCUUUUCGUAAUAGAAUGCUAAAGACUUUGAGAAUGGAACUUGGAUGUCUGUUAUAGGAGAAAUACGUGCUGCCAAUAUACAUGAAGGCAGCAUUGUAGGAUUAACAUUCUUGUCCACUGUAUAUUAUCUUGGAAGGCUCUUGUUAAUAUGUUACACUUAAUAUUCUCCACAGUUACCUUUAGAGAGAAUUUAUGAGAAGUUAGUUUCUGAUGCAGAGGUUUUUAGGCUGUGAUUUCAUCAAAAGUCCUUUUAGCAUUCUACCUCAAAGGGACACUUAGUAUGCCUAAAAUUUAUUCACUUAGUUUUCCUUUUUUAUUUGAAAAAGUACAUGACAUGUAAUCUUUUUUUCUUGAAUUCUUUCUCAGAUUUUAAAGUACUAUAUUAAAGAAAAAAAUUAAUGUCUAAAGCCUAGCAUUCUUGCAGAACCCUAUACUAACAUGUAAUUGGGAGAGGGUGGGGCAAAUGAGUAGAGAAACAGAUUCAAGCCUCAAGCUUCCAAAGCAUUUUUAUAAAUGGAAAAUCCUUAAAUUAUGAAACAGCUUGAUAUAGUGUCCUUUUUUUAAAAUUCCAAACUUUUUUUAUUGAUAAUGGAGAUUGCUGUUUGAGUUUUUAAACUUAAUCUAGAACAGAGGAGUAUUAAAAGUAAUGCUGUGCUGCAUUAUUUAAGACUAUCAGCAAAUUUGAUAGAUUGUUCUUAUGACUUGUAUUCUGAUUACAGAGAACCAUCAUGAGUGUGGAAUAAAUACUGGAUUAAAUCCUUUAUCCUGGGUCUUGGCUUUUCCCCCAUUUGUUAAUUUUUUUUUUUUAAACUUUUUUUUUGUGUAAAUUGACGAAAUGUCAGUAGAGUCACACUUUGUGUACAGGGAUGUCUUAGUUCCCAGAUGACAAGUGGAUUUUAAAGAAAUGCAGAGACUGGGAUUGGGCAUGUGGUAAUCAAUAAUCUUUAUUAGAAUUCUUGGUAAUGGCAGUUCCGUUUGUCAGUGGUUGUUACAUGUGUCACUUGAUUAAUUUGUUCCAUGUCAAAGAUGUUUAUUGGGAUACCUUUUACUUGGACAAUAUGUUAGCAUUUUUUAAAAUUUGGACUUGAAGGAAAUUCUUUAAGAUAAUUCACCCAGUUCUUUUUAGAAAAGAAAAUAGAGGCCCAAAGUAAUGUUGUCAGUGCCAGGGCUAAAACUGAGUGUUGUGACAGUGUAGUGAACCUGGCACGCACAUUCACGUUUGUUUUAUCUCACUGGUUAUACUGGCCAACUAAUGCUCACUCAGAAGCCACCUUGCAAAAGUGUUAAAUGGAGCAAAUGAGUACACUUGCAAGAGUCCUUCAUAUGUGGGCUUAACAUUUGUACCACUCCAUUUUAGAAAAAUCUCAUUAAAUGAAUUCAUCCAAAA